ACAGUUGUAGUAUCUUUGUCUAUGGUAGUUUGUCUAUGAUGUAUUGGUAAACUUUACGUUCAAGUUAAAUAGUAAAUAAAAAAAGCAUUGAAAACAAUUCGUAGAAAGUUAUUAUAACAUUUAGAGGUUGACAAAUAUGAGUGAAGUCCUAUGAAAUUACGUCUAUAAUUAAUGUAGAGCAUGCCGACACGUCGAGAAUUCACUCGACCCACACACCAGGACCAGGAAGGACACAGUUGGACUGAUGAUUUGCCGGUGUGCAAGUUGUCAGGCGUGGGGCUGUCGACCAACCAGAUCUACCGGGAGGACGGCUACCGGCAGGAGGAGCACCAGUUCGAGGAGUGCAGCUUCCGCUGCCAGGUGGACAAGAGCACGUUCCUGUACGGGGUGUUCGACGGACACGAGGGCGUGCAGGCGGCGACCUUCGCGCUGCAGCGCAUGGCGGCGGAGCUGGUGCUGGGCCAGCUGGCCGGCAAGACCAGCGACGAGGAGGUCAAGGAGGUGCUGCGACAAGCGUUCAUCUCGGUCGAGAAGGGCUACUUCGACUCGAUAGAUGAUCGCCUCGCCAAACGCACAAGCCUCCAGUACGACAUUCCUGAAGGACUGACUCCCUAUGAAGCCUACCAGAAGUAUCCACACGUGGUGAGUUACUCCUAAUGUAACAGGAGCUCAGGUACUGUUUGUACAAUAUCACAGUGUUCAUUACAGUUUAUUAACUUAGUUUUUGAUAUUCAUGUAAAUAUAAUAUAUGUUGCAAGACAGUUAAUUAUUUUAAAGUACAUUUACUUUUACUGUAUGCCCACUGUUGUACAUGGAAUAAACAUUUAAUUAAGUUUUUUUUUUUUUUUUUUUUUGCAUUUCUAAGACAGAAGGAAUAGUGAAUAUUCUUAAUCCAACAUAUUUUACUACUUUAUUACCUCUUUACAUAAACAAGCUCUUUAGCUCUUUGCAUAGCUAAGUACAGAACCAGUGAGACUGAGUAUUUGAAAUUAAAAUUAUUUAUUUGUACACACACACAAGCUUAUCACGGACUCACUGACUGUAACGCCUACCAGGAGUCUUGAGGCCGGACUCUGCAGAUAGCUGCACCAGCUGUUUUACACACAGAAACGUUAAUUAUAUUUUUUAUGUGUGUUAAGUGCAUUUGAAUUUUUCACCAACAUUUGAUGCUAGAAGUUACAGGAAACCUUUUUUAAUUUGUGAGUUUUUAAUCAUUCUUUUACUUUUCAAAUUUGAUUAAUUAACUUCGCAAAGUAAGAAAUUAUGAAAUUUUAUCACUGAAAAUUAAUUUUGAUAACAUUAGUAUAUUCAUUGUAAAGUACAUACAAAGUUGCUAUCGCUACGAAGAGUUUUUUUACAAGCAAACUUUUUUGUAAAGUAUAUUAUUGAAAAUUUAUACAUAUAUGGAUGACUCUUUCAAUUUUAUUCAAAUUGUGACAUUAACUUUUAAAAGUCACAAAAGUAUCUAUUACACUUUAUUCUUGUGUAGUUUCUCCUGCGAGCUGACUGAGAUAAAGCCAGGGUGAUUUAACCAACUGAUUUAAAUAUUAACUAUUGACUCAAGUGAUAGUUAACUACAGAACCGUCUCUAAUUAUUAAUAAUACAUUUGUUUUAUGAUUGGUGUCUGACCUUUUAAAAUAUUAAUAUAUUUUUUGCUAUGUGUGUGUGGAUGUGAACCAAUUGCAUUAAAUAAAAUAUAAUUUUUUUUAAAUUAGAAUUGAUGCAAAUUUUGAUAUUGCCUAUAUACAUAUUGUGUUACUGUUAUUAGUUGAAUGUUUAGUCAGUGCUUUGUUUGUUUGCUUGCUAUUGAAGUUACAUUAAUUAAAAUAUUAACUCAAGUAUUGUGCAACAAGGAUAACCAGUUUAUUCUAAGCCUGUAACACACUCGGAUAGUAUAGCACACACAGGGCAAUAGUAAACGUAUGAUAAGAGAUAUCUGGUGUCUGCAGUGUUAUCUACCCUGUAGUGUAUUACACUUAACUGAUAUGUGUUCAAUUAGUUAUUUUGAAGCCCAUAAUACAAGGACUUGUAUGAGUUAGUACUAUUUAAAUUAAAAAAAAAAAAAAAAUGGUCGUCUGUAAAGUCGGUUUACGGACGAUAGUUUAACGUGACGUCAUAACAACACAUUGAUGAAAU